AUGAACAAACUGCUCACGACGGUUUUGGCCCUAUUCGUUUUGUUGCAAACGAGUUGCAUUAAGGCGGAAAACCAUGAGAUCACUCACAAGACUUACUUCGACAUAAGCAUAAAUGACAAGCCCAUCGGGAGAAUAACGUUCGGGCUGUACGGAAAAGUAGCCCCCAAGACGGUGGAAAAUUUCGUCAGCAUAUGCAAAGGAACAGUAGUGAAUGGUAAAAUGUUGAACUACACGAAUUCGAUUUUUCAUCGCAUAAUUCCAAAUUUUAUGGCGCAAGGUGGCGACAUAACGCAAUUCAACGGAAUGGGUGGUUUGAGCAUUUAUGGAAAUAAAUUCGAGGAUGAAAAUUUCACGUUAAAGCAUACUAAGCGGGGAAUGCUCUCCAUGGCGAAUGCAGGGAAAAAUACCAAUGGAAGUCAGUUUUUUAUUUUAUUUAUUCCGACCCCUUGGCUGGACGGAAGGCACGUUGUCUUUGGGGAAGUAAUUGAUGGAUUGGAGAAGUUGGUUCAGAUUGAAGCGGUGGGCACCGAAUCGGGGGCUCCCGUAAAACGAGUCCUGGUCACAAAAUCAGGUGUGUUAUGA